CUCCCGCCUUGCACGGAACAAAUUAUGACAUCAACAUCCAAAGGAAUUUUCCGGCCAUUUUUAAUUAUCUUCAUUGUGCUGGGUUGUUUCAUGGCAUUUUUACUUAUUUACAUCAAACCAACAAACAGCUGGAUCUCUGGUCCCAUAGAAUCAGCUAGCUCAGUUCUGAAAAUGAAGAGCUUCUUUUCUACCAAAAGUGAUUAUUUUAAUGAAACAACAAUACUGAUCUGGGUUUGGCCAUUUGGGCAGACAUUUGAUCUUACGUCCUGCCAAACAAUGUUCAACAUCCAGAGGUGCCAUCUAACUAUUGACCGUUCACUAUAUAACCGAUCUCAUGCCGUCCUUAUUCACCACAGAGACAUCAGCUGGGAUCUCACUAAUUUACCUCAGCAAGCUAGGCCACCGUUCCAGAAAUGGAUUUGGAUGAACUUGGAGUCUCCAACUCACACUCCUCAAAAGAGUGGCAUUGAACACCUGUUCAACCUGACCCUGACUUAUCGGCGUGAUUCAGAUAUUCAAGUGCCUUAUGGCUUCAUGAAGGUUAGCACGAGCCCCUUUGCAUUUGAAGUGCCGAGCAAAGAGAAGUUGGUAUGUUGGGUUGUAAGUAACUGGAACCCCGAGCAUGCUCGAGUCAAGUAUUAUAAUGAGCUAAGCAAAUAUACUGAAAUCCAUACCUAUGGGCAAGCAUUUGGAGACUAUGUGAAUGAUAAAAACUUGAUUCCAACUAUCUCCACUUGUAAAUUUUACCUGUCCUUUGAAAACUCAAUCCACAAAGAUUACAUUACUGAAAAACUUUAUAAUGCUCUUCUGGCUGGAUCUGUACCAGUUGUAUUGGGCCCAUCCAGAGAAAACUAUGAGAAUUAUAUUCCAGCAGAUUCGUUCAUUCAUGUGGAAGAUUUCCUCUCCCCAAGAGAGCUAGCAGAGUAUCUUCUGAUGCUUGACAAAAAUAAUAAGCUGUACCUUAGCUACUUUAACUGGAGGAAAGACUUCUCAGUGCAUCUUCCUCGGUUCUGGGAAUCACAUGCAUGCCUUGCUUGUGACCAUGUAAGGAGACACCAGGAGUACAAGUCCAUUGGAAAUUUAGAAAAAUGGUUUUGGAAUUGAACUUUUUAUCUUUUUGUGCAUUUUUUUCAAAGAAACUGACAUAAUCUGUAGCCCAAGUGGAGGUGGGAAGGAAAAAAAAUAAUCUGUGUUUUAUGUCACUGUUUAUCAGCUGUCCUCUCUUGAGGUAUCUUAUUUAUGUUUAUCAGAGAUUUUAAAAGCUCAGCAUCAGAAGUCAUCAAUACUCAGUUUUAAAUUAUACUGUAGAUAGCUAAUUAUGUGCACUGAAGAAUAAUUUAUUGUUUACUUUAAUUUUUAUUCAAGUGUUUUUCAUGUUUUCAGUAGAUUAUCUGUCCCAGUCUUACACAAGAUGCAGUGAUUUUUAACAUUGUAUGUUUUACUUUAGAUUAGCUAUUUCACAUGCUUGGAAAAUGAAGACACAGAUCUUAAGAUUUCAGAGAAUUUUAACAAAACGAUCUACUGGUUUAGUUUGAAAUUUGUGUAAUAUUUCAAAAGACAAUAAUGUUUCUCAUGGUUUAAUUUCUGCCCUCUUAAAUUCUAAGAACACUAUAGAAUUGGAUACACUGCAUUGAUUUAAGUGGUUCUUAUUUAUAAGGUAUAUGGAUUUAGAAAAAAUGUAUUAUAAAUAAGCUUUAAAAAGUUAUCAAAUAUAAGAGAGCCUUUGGAUUCUAAACAGGAAAAAGGUAUUCCCCUUGCAGUUAGGUCCACUAAGAUACCUUGGAAAUAUAUGGAUUUGCUCUCAUCUCCUUAAGAUAGAGUAUUGAGGAACUGAGAAAAUUAAGCUUGAAGUCCUGAUGUGGUGAAGCAUUUAAGCACAUGCUUAAACUUAAGUGUGUGCUUAUUUGAAUCAGAGUCACACGUAAUGCUACUUUAAAUACUCAUUUGAUCACACUCAUCUGUAUAACUAGAUGCUCAGCUCUUUUUCUUCUUCUUUCGUAACACUUCACUGUUUGGGGUCAGCAAUGUUUAUAGCCUUCUUCCAAAACUCAUGAUUGUAUGCUCAGCUAUCAUGCAGAUUGGUCGCUGUGAGCUCUGCUGAUAUCUGAUCUGUGUACCAAGUCUUUAGCCUCCUCCUUGGUUGUCUUCCAUCCACAAUCACUGCAAGAGACAUCCUACUGAUAUAACUGUACAGGCGCCAUUGGAUAUGCCUAUUAUUCAAACAAAUAUUUGGAAGAUUUGGCAAUUUUUAUAUAUUUCUGAAUAUUUGUGAAUUAUUCACCCAACUGUAUUAAAGUCUGUUCCAACUUUAAUUGAACUUCAAUCACAGCAGGAUAACAUCCUGAGAUGGGUGAAUAAUGUGAAGAAAUAUUGAUUGAAUAUUUUAUUUAGAAAAAAAUUGUGAAAUUAAUUACAUACAUUAGAUUAGUAUUAUUCAACCAGCUCUAGUUAGAACAAAGGCUCCAUUUGUUUUUAGGGGGGUUUCUUGCUGUUUUGAAAGUACGUAAUAUGAAAGGUAUUUUAAAAAAAGCACUCAUCAGAACAAUGGAUAUAAUCAAGAUUUGAAUAUAAAUAUGUUCAUAGUAUUAUGUGUGCUAUCAUAGCAAAUUCUGAAAUGCAGUUUUGUCAUUAUGGUUUUUAAUAUGUCUAGUAAUAUGUGCAUUAUUUGGAUUCAUUGUCCUGUAACCUCAGCAACUAGGAUUAAAACCCCCAAUACUAUAGAUAAUCAUAGAUAUGGUGGUUUAAUAAUUUAGAUGUAUUUUGUACUAAGAUA